AUGACUCUAUGUGAUGAGUUUAGAGACAUUGUCUUCAGAAAGUUAAGUACAGUGAAUGUGGUUUCCUUUGAUGAGUUCUCAGAGAAGAGUGAUGAGUUGCAGAAUUGCCUGCUGAUGUUUGCUACCUUUUCAGUGAAAACGGUGGCAAAGUUCUCUUCAGGGGUUGAGAUCUGUGGUCCACCCCUGAUGAUCGUCCUGAUUGGGAAAACUGGAACAGGGAAGAGUGCCACAGGAAACACCAUUCUGGGGAGAGAAGCAUUUCUCUCCAGACCCUCGGAUACAUCGGUCACAUUUUCAUCUGAGCGAUUAUCCAAGUUUCCUUUCCAAGUUUCCUUUCCAAGUUCACGUGAAAUAGUGGUGGUUGAUACUCCUGGUGUGUUAGACACAAAUAGAGAUGAAACGGAAGUUGAAGAGGAGAUCCUUCAGUGCAUUAAGUUGUCCGCCCCAGGUCCCCAUGCCUUCCUGCUGGUCACACCAGUGGGUCGCUUCACUAAAGAGGAUCAGAUUGCAGUCAGGGCCCUCCAGGAGCUCUUUGGGGAGGAGGCGAAACCCUAUAUGAUUGUCCUCAUCACCCGUAGGGAUGACCUUGAUUUUGAUCGUCAGGGGUUAGAACAGUUUGUGCGCAUGGCCCCUAGGGAGCUACAGGAGGUGAUCAGCAGCUGUGGAGGGGGAUGCCAUGCGUUUAACAACAAGGAGAUCAGUGACAGGAGUCAGGUAGAUGAGUUGGUGAAGAAAAUAGAUGAGAUGGUGGCAGCUAACGGAGGACAUCACUUUACUAAUGAGAUGUAUGAGGAGACAACCAGAGUCAUGAAGGAAAGAGGUCUUGAGUGGAAUUCAAACCAGAUAGACCAAUACUUGUCCUUCCUCCCUCGCCUCCAAAAGAGGGUAGACCAAUUUCAGAAACAUCUCAAUCAGAAACACUGAAUGUUAAAUUCUGUAUGAUAACAUCAUGAUAUGCUUCCUGUAACUUCUUCAGUUUAUCUGUAAGGUAUUUACACCAUACGUAGAGGAGCUGUGUAAAAAGGAGUAUAAUAGGCUCUGAGGACAUUAACUUUAACUUCUUCUGUGCACUUAUGGAACCCACAGGCUAACAUAUUGGCUUGUGCACAUAAUUUACAACACUGACGCUGUAAUAGUAUUAUUAAUCAUCUUAUUUUUGGUUAUAAUUUCCCCUGCUGGCCAAGAGCAACUGACAAAUGUGUGCUUUAGCUAUGGAACCUUAUUGACAUUACGUUUAAUUAUUAAAAGUAGUUACAUUUUAAUUGUUUAACCAAUGAGAAUCAAAAGCAAAACUUUAUCUCUUUCUUGCUGUUUCACUGCUCUCCCAAUGUUGUUAAUACACUCUGUUAUCUUUAUCCCAUCAUCAUUGGUGAUCUGUGUGAUGACAACUAUAUACCCACCGCUCAUCCAACUUUAAACUGGCUAAGAUUUGUGGCUAGGUCAUCCAUGUAUCAAUUGAAUAAAGCAGUUGAUAAAACUCCACCCUGUCUCACCCCAUUAGUAAUGUAUAA